GAAAAAUGUCUUCCAGACGAAAACGAAACAAAGUCGAUGUCUGGUAUAAGAUUGACUGGUGUAUCUUGUGAACCGAAAGACGGACCAGACUUUUAUACAAGAUCGUUUGUCCUAAAUCUUAAACAAAAGACACACAGGUUUUCACAGAUAGUGUACACAGGCUGGUCGCAAACGAUGGAACUGCCCCAGAGUCCUCGAUCGUUUAUGGAUCUGUUGCGCCACGUACGAAAUGUUGCCAGAAGUGAAGCCCCCAUCCUAGUCCAAUGCCUUAAUGGCGCCGACAAAAGCGGUCUGUUCGUGGUCACAUGGACGCUUCUGGAACAUGUGGAGAGUGAUGGUGAGGUCAGCAUACCACGUGUCGUCAGGCACAUGAGGCUGAGGCGAAAACAGAUUAUACCAACCUUCGACCAGUUCAAGUUUUGUGCAGACUGCAUUGCGCUGGAUGAUGCGAACACAUACGCAAACUUUCAGAAAGUGUCGUCAUAGUUAUAACAUGAAAAUGAAAGCAUGUGUUGGAUGUUUCUAUACUGAACACGGAUAUGUCAUUUGUGCGUUCGCAAAUGUAAAAUAUAUCGCACGCAGAGCAAGAAAUACCGUAGGUACAGAAACAGAUGCUUAAUUGUUAAAUGGUGUAGCAAUAUUUGUUAUUGUAUUAUAUUUGUCUUACGUGUAAUUGUUUGUAAUAUUUGUUUAUGUGUAACCACAAAGUGUACAGCAAUUAUGUAUUUGUUAAUGAUUUAGUUAAAACAUUAUUUUUCUAUAUAUUUACUUUUCCAUUAAUUUUAUUAUUUUAUUAUGCUUACUUAUGAAAUAAACAUAUUUUUGGCUUUUGUUAUCAAUAUGUCAACAUACAACAUGCAGAUGAAAUGAAAGGACCAGUGUUGCAAACAAAUCUAAGCGAUUGAAUGGUGCACGGUGUUUACUCGUGUUGGGCAUAUUCAAACAAAUUAAAACUGUUUCGUGUUUCAUGAUCUGCUUGGUUCGUUCAUUUUACGAAAUAUCUUGUUAAAAUAGUGUUAAUAUCAAAAGGUUUUAUAUAUGUUUCAAUCUUUGUCUUUUACAAGUAAGUUGCCAUUACAAUACUGUUGGUCGACAUUUUAUGCUCAUUUAUGCAUGCGACUAAUAGUCUUAACAAUACAUAGGCCUUGCAUAACUAUGAUAGAAACAAUAUUCUCGAGUUGGUAAGCUCUCUUAUUGAGUUACGAACAUUCGAGUGGCAUUAACAAUAUGCAAUAAUAAUCAUCUUCGUUUAGUUUGUAAAAAUGCAAGCGUAACACAUGAAAUAAGCGACAUCCGAAGAAAUUACUAAGUAGAAUUAUAAUUAUUAUUACAUCGAACAUUCAGUAAUGAUGAUUUCGUCUAAUUUGCAACUGUCAGAAUGUUUUUACGUUAAAGACAAAAAAAAAUAAAGUAUUGAGUAUUUGACCCUUUUGAUUAUUUGAGAGUUGGUUACACAGUUAUGCAUCAUUUCUGUUAUAAAAAUAUUUGUGUUUGAUAUAAAGUUACGCUCCAAUAUUAGAAGGAUAUAACGAUUUUAAACGUUUCACCAUAUAAAUCAACAUAUGAACUUGUAGGUCGUUUAUCGAAAGACACAACUAUUGGUUUACUUAUAUUGAGUGUAAGUUUGUAUGUAUUACACUUGUUUUUCCAUGUCAAUUUAUAUUAUUGGACUUAUGUGGAAGAAAUUCAAAUAUGACGUGAUAAUUGGCGUAAGAUAACAAUAUUGUUAUAUCCGUAAUCGUUAUGGUCCCGUCAAUAUUAGAGUUAAUAUUUAAAAUAAUAACUUGAACGAACAUUAUAGACAGGUUGCUUGUGCACUGGUCGGCUAAUUUUACGCCAGGGUAUGAAUAUAUGUAUUCAGAUGUUGUAUUCUUUAAUCUGACCGCGGAUUUAAAUGAUGAAUACCGUGCUUUACGUUCGAAAAAAAAAUGUAGAGCUUUUUUGUUUGAAAAUUAAUUUUUGCCUUGGAAGUAAUCGAUAUAGUCAUAUCA